AUGUUCAUCUACCAAGGAAAGCUCAACUGGAACAAGUACGCCGUUGACGAGACCAUCACCAUCGUCUUGCCCAAGGGUGCCGUUCGCGCCAAUGAGCCAGCCUAUCUGUUCACACAAUGGACGGUGGAUGAUCAUCAGGGUGAGAAAGACAAGUUCUACCAGACUCGCAUCAUCAAGAACGUGAAGCAGCUCCCCAACACCACCGAUGUCUCCUUCAAGCUCCCUGGUACCUUCUACAACUAUGAUGUUACCACUGAGCAGAACUACAGCAAGAUCAAGGUCACCAUGUCUGGGCGAGAUGGUACCAAGACCAUCACUCUUGACCGGGUCUGGCAACCUGUUGGCGAGGUUGAUCCUAAUGCUGCGCUUCGCAUCUGGGCUGGAAGCAUCAACCUCGGUGACAAGGCUGUGAAUGAGCAGGCUAUCUUUGUCCUUCCUGAGGACUUCAAGGAUGGCAAGCCUGUCAUCUCCUCGUGGCAGUGGACCAAGGAUGAGUCCGGAAAGGCAAAGACUACUGCCUUCAAGGGCACAUCCAUGAAGUUCAUCAGCUCUGAGAACAAUGUCUCCAAGUUCGCCUUCAACAACGUCUUUGACUUCACCUGUUCAUGGGACACUACUACCCAGCAGCUUGAUGUUGAGGUUAAGGAUGGGGGAAAGCAAGUCAACAUUGGAACUCUGAACCUCUUCGCUAAGAUUGAGGCCCAGGCCCACCAUUUCGAUUCGGAUGACUUGAUCCCUCCCACUCAGCAGAAGACCGAGUUCCGUGUUCCCCAGCCUCAAGCCACGCUUCCUCGUGUCCUUGACCCCAUGCCCUUCCCCAAGACUCUCUUCGAGACCUUGACCCACGGAGCUGCCUUCAUCGAACAGGCCGGUUACCUCACCAUCCAAGCUCAGAACAAAUUCACCGCUCUCCACGAGGAGUUUCACAAGCAGGGCACCUACGUUGAGACCCUCAAGAAGGACAAGCAGAACCUUGAGGAGCAGAUCAAGUCCAUCUCUGAUGCACGCAAGACAGCUGAGGAGAAGAUCAAGGAGCUAGAGAAGCAGCUUGCCCAGGCUAGCGCCGAGUACCAGAAGAAAGUCAAGGCGCUCACCGACUUCAUUGAGCACCUGAAGAAGGAUGAUGUGAUUGACCACAAGACUAUCAAGAAGCUCCAAGAGGAACUCAACCACGUGCAGCAACAGAUCAUCUCUCUGAAUGGAAAGCUCUCUCAAGCUCAGAUCGAGAAGAAGGCUCUCGGCACAGUCAUACUUGGUCUCAAGGGCAAGAUUGCUGAGCUUGACGGCAAGAGAAUCAAGCUGGAGAAUGAGCUUACCGGCCAGAAGGCGCAGAACGUUACUCUCCGGGGUGAGAUCAUCAGCCUCAAGCGCAAGCUGAGCGACUCUCUCGAUGCCAAUGGUCACCUCCAGAAGGAGCUUCGUCUCUCCAAGACGGCCCUCGAGGAGACCAAGAAGGAGCUCAACGUCGCGAAGGACAAGUUCAACAAGGAAGAGCUGGCUCACAAGACCACAAAGGCCGACCUCAAGACUGCGAAGGAGACAGCGGACGCCCUCAACAAGGAGCUCACGGCCGUCAAGUCAACCGUCGCCAAAGCUGAGAAGACGGCCAAGGAUGCCGAGGAGGACUACGACAACAAGGUCAUCGAGGCGCGGAACUUCUAUCAUAAGAUCCAGAAGUACGAGGAGACUGUGGAUGUAUUCCAGAAGAUUCUCAUCAAGGACGAUAUUGAGAAUGAGGGACUCAACAACGUCAACAAGACUUUCAAGGAGCUGCGCCGUGCCAACUAUGUCUGCAACUGAAGCCAGGAGCCGGAGUCGACAGGCAAGCCACCAGUUCAGCCUGUACCGAGGAAUGAUCCCUUGUUGGCGCCGGCAUGGGCUAUGAGACGGUUUUAUGGGUCGUUGAUUACCGUUUUGACUUUUGGAUGGUUGCGAUGGGGAAGAUGGUGAGAUGUAAUGAUAGG